CACGCGGACUAACACGACUCCUUUGCGCGGUUGAAGAGUAAAAGCUAGCGCUUAAGACAGCGGCGUCCCGUUACUCGGUGCAUUUGGCUGCACGGCGCUGCGGGAAAGAGUUUGCAGAAAGUUUCGGUGUUGGACGGUGAACUUUCGCGGUGAGACCGCGCGAGGCUGGCGGCGCCGUGACGUCACCCGCCAGGCAAUAUGGCGGCGGUUCGCGAGGCAGGUGAAACGGUGCCGUUAGCUGGGUCAAUUCAAGUAUUCAUUCACGUUGUGUGGUUACAGGACGGUGGCCCACAUUAGCUGACGUCAUCCAUCGCUAAUAUUCAGAUUAACAACGUGCUGCCAAGUGACAGAGGUAUGGGAACAUAUUUGAAGAAUAUUAGUGCCAGUGAGUGAACACAUUGGGGGCAAUGAAAAGGUGACUGAAGCACGGCGCUGAGAAAUCAUCACCGAGGGUUUCCGGCCCGGGAGUCUGCCCUGAAGGGCCCUGCGUGAGGUGGAGCGCCCCCCCCCCCCCCCACCCCCCCACCUCCCACCCUCCAGGAAAGGAGAGCUCCCUGUAAUUGAGCCUCGAUCCCCUCAGUUCCUGCUGAUCGAUCAAAAAGCUCCCUGACUUCUGGCCUCCCCCCUUCAGCCCCCCCUGAGUCUCCCCCGGUGGUCAUGGCGGUGCCUUCAGCCCACGAGUUCCACUGGCAGAGCCUGGCGCGUCUGCCCAGCGGCCGCGUCUACCACUCGCUGUCCGAGGUGGGGGGGCAGAUGUACAUGCUGGGGGGCUGCGAUGCCGCUGGGAGGCCCUGCCCGUCCCUGGAUCUCUACUCGCCCGAGGGCGACCGCUGGGUGGGCCUGCCCCCCAUGCCCACCCCACGCGCCGGGGCGGCCGUGGUCGUGCUGGGAAAGCAAAUCCUCGUGGUUGGAGGGGUGGGGGAGGACCAGAGCCCCCUGAAGGUGGUGGAGAUGUACAACACGGAGGAAGGCAGGUGGAGGAAGAGAAGCGCCCUGCGGGAGGCCCUGAUGGGCCUGUCCAUCACCCUGAAAGAUGGCCGGGCGCUGGCUGUGGGGGGAAUGGGUGCCGACCUGCUCCCUCGUAGCGUCCUGCAGCAGUACGACCUUCGAAAGGACGUGUGGGCUCUACUUCCUCCCAUGCCGACCCCUCGCUACGACGCCAACGCGCAGCUGCUGGGCAACAAGCUCUACGUAGCAGGCGGGCGCCAGUGUAAGCGACCCGUGAAGGCCUUCGAGGUGUAUGACGCAGAGACGCGCUCUUGGACUACACUACCCAGCAUGCCCUGUAAGCGAUCGUACGGGGGCGUGAUAUGGGACGCAGCCGGGAGGCUGUGUCUGCUCGGAGGACUGCGGCAGGGAGGAGGACACCAGAGCUCCAAGUUCACCAAGAACGUCAACAUCUUUGACACCAACCAAGGCGCCUGGCUGAAGUCGGAUGAGACGGUGGCGAUGAAAACAAAGCGGGCCGACUUUGCUGCCGCCUUCCUGCGCGGCCGCGCCGUCGUAGCCGGAGGACUCGGUCACGAGCCCUUGGCCCUGGACACAGUGGAGGCGUUCCACCCCCAGAGGAAGAAAUGGGAGAGGCUGGCCCCGAUGAACUUCCCCCGAUGCUCCACCUCCUCCAUCGUCAUUCGAGACCGCCUCCUAGUGGUGGGAGGAGUCAACCAGGUUCCCAGCUCGGCCCACGAGAUCCUGUACGUGAAAGAAGAAGAGUAUCUGUAAUCCAAGACAGCGGAUGGGCGAGUCUCUGGAAUCCGACUGUGGUGCAAUAUAACAAACACGGAGAUGGAGUCAGAUGUACAGUAACGGACUGCAGUGCCCCCUGCUGGGGCCGUACGGACACUGAGCCCCCCCCCCCCCCCUCAUAAUAUGAAAGCACAAACACACACACUGGAGGAGCAGGCUCUUUCUCUUUACUAUUGUAUGUUGGGGUGCGUGUUUUACGUUGCCGUGCCAACUGGGAGACUGUUCAGUAGAUUCCAAUGUAGACACAUGGACGAGCUGUUUUAUGGCACAUAUGCAUUUUAAUGUUCGCAGACGUGACUGCAAUAUUCAUCAUGGAGCAAAAAAAAAAGGAGAGCUCACCAGGAAGUGGACACCGUCGGCUUUCAGAUGUACUGUAAGAAGAUUUGCACUAAAGCAACACUGAGUUUAACCACCACCCCUCUCUCGGGCAUUGUGGGGAUCACACUGGGAAGCAUGUAACAGUGUUGUAACGGUGUGUGCACUGUUUCUGUGCCGCUACUGUGCACAUCUGUGGCUACGGUGGCCUCAAUGUGAUGCGUUUCUUGUAUCAGAGGGCAACUUGCUGCUUUUUGGAAGCAAAGAAACCGAUGCGGUACGACUCGGACUGAUUGUAGAACACAUAGAAUUCCUACAGCAAUAGCGUAGUUUCUUCAGUGUUUCUUUAGUACCGUGCUGUGAUGACCGUCGGUUACUCAGGUAGUGACGUUACACGCUCAACAAUCUACCGGCUGGUGUGAGGUCAUUGCCGUGCAAGAUGUGAACCGUGUGAACUGUUUCAUUGUGUUUCACCCUUCAGCAUGAUGCAUUUCUGAUUUCUGUGAUAUUGGAGAUACCCCGUAGUCUUAUGCAGUGGAAUAACUGGGCUCAGUGGUUUGUAUUGCACUGGUUCUCCACUAGGUGGCGGUAUGUACUCGCGUGAGUUCACCUUCUGCAGGGUAAAACUGCUAUUAUUACACGUGCAGGUGCUUUGUCUCAUUAACUUCGCCCUUUGCUAAGCUCACACUGUUACUAACUGCAAUCCCUGAACACGUGUUAUCUGAUUUUGAUAAAUGGUAUUUUAUAUAGAAGAGAAGAGUUUACAAUAUGAAGGAUACAUCCAGGAGGUCAAACGGACUCCAGUCAGGUGAAGAUAGAAGCUAAAGUCCACAGAUCACCUGAGAGCAAAGACUGUGUUUCUGUUAACGUUGGUCUGUAUUCACUGAUGCCAUCAUUAAAAAAGCAUGUGUAUUCAUUCAA